AUGUCGGACUUCGCCAACGGCGCCAUCGGCUUUGACGUCAGCAUCGCAGACCCGGUCGCGCGGAUUCAAAGCUUCAUCGACAAAUGGCAUCAAGCAAAGGACUACAACGGCUUCGACGCCGCCUUGAUGCGUCACAUUCGCAUCAUUUCCACCUCUCUAUCCCCUUCUUCUUCUUCAUCCAGUCCUGGCGUUGAUGACAUGUCCUAUCCUGCAACAGUUGCCACAGCAAAAUUCACUCUCCUCACCAUCCCUGCUCUCUGUAACCCCAUGAGUCGCAUGCAUGGUGGCGCCGUCGCUCUGCUCGUCGACAUGGCAACCACAAUGACGACGGCAGUGAUCAGCAAGGAGGGAUGGUGGGAAUUCGGCGGGGUGAGUAGGAAGUUGGCAGUCACUUACUUGCGGCCAAUUCUGGGGGAUGCAGAGAUCACGAUUCUGUGCGAGUUGAGGAGUGUGGGAAAGCGGUUGACGUUUUGUCAAUGUCUCAUCGAAGACGAGCAGGGAAAUCUGUUAGCGGUUGGCGAGCAUGAUAAAAGCGCGUUGAGCACGUCGGAUCCAAGCCGCAAAAGCAAGAUGUGA